GAGCUCAGCGUGAGCCUAUUGAAAUCGAGUACAAGUGAGAUUUCUCAAGCAGUCUAAUGUGGAGAGGGAAACAGUGAUAGCGGGAUCCAGCCUGUCUUACAAUGUUGGCAGCGCAACAACGCGCUGCUCUUAAGCCUCAGGAGCAGUACCAGCAAGUCAGCACGAACAGGGUGUUGGGGACAGAUGAAGACAACAUGGGGGAUGUUUGUCCUCAGAAGCUGGGAUCGGCCAAGCACCUCCGCCUCCUGCUGUUAAUACUUAUUCCAUGUGUCUGCGCUUUCAUCUGUGUACUAGUAAUCCUCUUGGCAUUUGCAGGUGUUAUAGGUGAUGGUCUUUUUGAUCAAAGCAGGAAUCACGUACUUGCCACCAGUGGGACUGGACAGGUUUCUGACAAUCCUUAUUCAGGCAACAUUAGAAACAGUUCAAGAAUGCCAAAACGAAUAGAUUUGGGCACACCAUCUCCUUUUGCAGUAACAAGCAUUUCAACUGCCCGUGGCCUGAAUGGUGAAGACAAGUUGACUGAUUUGACCAAAGAACAGUUGAACACAACAGUGUUGCAGGAGGACAGUUUGCAGUCAACACAAAGCACGUCCUCCGGUUUGGAUCGCAGCAGUGCAGGAUCGUUCCUGCAUGUGGAAGACCCAAACUCUGUCACUCAGAGGACAGAUGGAAUAUUUCCUUCCAAUGAGCCACCUACGAAUGUCUCACCAUUCAAGACUUCUUUUCCCAGUCUCAGCUCCACUAGUAUUGCGACAAAUAAUGACACAACACAUGAAGCCGUGCAUUUUGACACCAGUUUUGGUACUUGUUACAAUUUAAGUUACAGCCUGUGUGAAAUACUGCCCUAUAAUCAGACUACUGUACCAUCCUAUCUUUCAAACUACAGCAACACAGACAUGGAAAUGUUCAUCCGCUUCUUCAGUCAGCUUAACCUCUUGCGCUGCUAUCAACAUAUCAUGCUCUUUGGUUGCAGCAUUGCUCUCCCAGAAUGUAUAAACAGCACUGAGAGAGCAGUAAUUCUGCCGUGCAUGUCAUUCUGUGAGGCUGCAAAGGAAGGCUGUGAGCCAUUGUUGAAACAAGUGGAGGCUGGGUGGCCAGAAGUCCUCAAAUGCUCCAGGUUUGUCAAUGAUACAGGAAUGGAAAACACCAGCAAGAUAUGCUUCUCACCCCAGCAAGAGGAAAGAAAAAAAUCUUGCAAAGAGCUGGACAACUUCUUGUGUGGCAGUGGAUUCUGUAUCCAAAGGAAGCUGUUGUGUAAUGGUUACAAUGAUUGUGAUGACUGGAGUGAUGAGGCAGACUGCGCCUGUAGCCAAGGGCAGUUCCAGUGUGGCACUGGAAAAUGUAUCCACCAUAAUAACACUUGUGAUGGUUACGAUGACUGUGAGGAUCUGAGUGAUGAACUAAGCUGUGAAUGCAAUCCUGAGCUCCAUUUCAGAUGUGGUAGUGGCCGGUGUGUCCUGAAGUCCUGGGUCUGUGAUGGGGACCAUGACUGCAGAGACAAAUCUGAUGAGGUCAACUGCUCUUGCAAGAGCCAGGGUCUGAUGGAGUGCGGUAAUGGUCGAUGUAUUCCAAGCAUUUUCCACUGUGAUGGUGAAAAUGACUGUGAAGACUGGAGUGAUGAACUGAACUGUUCCAAAACCCGUGCAGAUCAGAGCGCUUGCAAGGAAGGGGAUUUAUCAUGCACUGAAAAUUCCUGUGCUGAAACCUGCGAUGGCUCUAGUUGUAUGGCUCAUAACAGUAAAAUAAACUGUAGUAAAUGUGAGCCUAUUACUCUUGAGCUCUGUAUGAAUCAGCCAUACAAUUCCACGAUCUACCCUAACUACCUGAGUCACCGGGACCAAAAAGAGGCAUCAAUUAGCUGGGAAUUUUCACUCUUUCCAAACCUUGUUCAAACCAAUUGUUACAAGUACCUCAUGUUUUUUGCGUGCAGCAUCCUUGUACCAAAGUGUGACUCUGAGACUAAUCAACGGGUCCCACCUUGCAGAUCUCUAUGUGAAGACUCCAAAAAACACUGUGAGACUGUACUGAGCAUGGUUGGACUGCAAUGGCCAGAGGACACAGACUGCAAACAAUUCCCCAGAGAAAACUCUGACAACAGGACAUGUCUGAUGCCUGAUGAGAAUGUGGAAGAGUGCUCUCCAAGUCAUUUCAAGUGUAAAUCAGGGAGAUGCGUCUUGGCAUCAAAGAGGUGUGAUCGACGACCAGACUGUGAUGAUUUUAGCGAUGAGGAAGCAUGUGGUUGUAGUGAGAGAGGCCUGUGGGAAUGCACCAUUGACAAGACCUGUAUCGAGCACACAAUGAUCUGUGAUGGCUUCCAGGACUGUGCUGACGAAGCAGAUGAAAAGGAUUGCUCAUCUUGUAAAGACAAUGAGGUAGUCUGUGUUAACCAUGCCUGUGUUCCCCGUCAUGUUUGGUGUGAUGGGCAGAGAGAUUGCCCUGAUGGCUCAGAUGAAUGGAACUGUGUGUCACUGUCGGACAGUGCAGCUUCCUUGUCGCAGCUAGUUGUCCACAGGUCAACUUCUGAUUAUCACGUAUGUGCUGAUGAUUGGCAAGAAGAGCUCAGCCAGCUGGCGUGCAAGCAGAUUGGUUUAGGAGGCCCUUCAGUCACUCAAAUAUUGUCAGAAUACAACCAAACACAACGUAGAAAGUGGUUACGCCUGAGUUCUAACUGGCAAACUAAGAAUGUUUCCACUCUACAGGCCUUAUUACUAAAGGGGCAGGUGUGUCGAAGUAAAAGCAAAGUAUCACUGCUCUGCACCAGUGAAAGCUGCGGUCAGCGACCGGCAACUCGACUAAAUAAACGAAUUCUUGGAGGCAGAACUAGUCGCCCAGGCCGUUGGCCCUGGCAGUGCUCAUUGCAGAGUGAACCAAGUGGGCACAUUUGUGGCUGUGUACUGAUCGGACACAAAUGGGUAUUGACGGUAGCACAUUGCUUUGAAGGCCGUGAAAAUGCAGCUGUCUGGAAUGUUGUUUUUGGUAUCAACAAUCUGGACCAUCCAUCUGAAUCCACACAGACCCGGAAGGUGAACCGGAUUAUCUUACACCCACGCUAUAACAGAGCGUUUGUUGAUUAUGACAUCAGUGUGGUGGAGUUACGUGAAGAAAUCAUCGAGACCAGCUAUGUCCGACCUGUCUGCCUUCCCAGAAGAAACCAGGUUGCAGAACCAGAUACUUACUGCUUCAUAACAGGUUGGGGCCACACAGGCAACAGAGUUCCAUUCAAACUACAAGAAGGAGAAGUCCGCAUUCUCUCACUUGAUCGUUGCCAGUCAUACUUCGACACUAAAACAAUUACUUCACGAAUGUUAUGUGCAGGCUAUGAACCUGGAUCAGUGGACUCUUGCAUGGGUGACAGUGGAGGACCUUUGGUUUGUGAACAACCUGGCAAGAAAUGGACAUUAUUUGGUUUAACCUCUUGGGGAUCAGUGUGCUUCACAAAACUCCUUGGACCUGGUGUUUACAGCAAUGUUACUCAUUUUAUUGAAUGGAUUGAGAGACAGAUUUACAUCCAUACAUUUUUGUAAAUGUAUCAAAUGCCAGGGAACAGCAUCAGAAUCGAAACCUCAAAUAGCAAGAAGUAACAUGUGGCAGCUGGCAAAGACUACAAAAUUAUCUAUGUGAUCAUUCCCCUUAAGAAGCACCACACCUCCCAUACCCAUUCAAUGAGUCUUCAAAAAUCUCAUUCAUAAGGAAUAAAUACGCCAAACUGCUCUCAAGGUGAUGAUUUCAAAUCUCUGGAUGGUUAUGGAAACUAAUUACUGUUAAAAUGUCACUAAAUGACUUCCAUAUUUCUGAGAAAUGUUUAUCCUAUUACAUAAAUGUGCCAAUCAACUACUGUUCCCUUUUGAAAUUUGCAGCACAUCUAUUCCAAAGUUGUACUAGCAUGGUAAGACAUGACUAGAUUCUUCUGUAAAGUGAGGUCAGCAUUGGUUUUUAAGACAGUUUGUGAAGAGGAUUUUUUGCUACCUCUAACUCGAGUAUUUGAGAAAGCUGCUUCUGCAUUCUUCAUGAUACUGCCCACACUGAGGAUGCUGAUGAAAGAAGAAAUUAUUUCAUAUUUUAUGUAACUAUUUAUAGGUUGGGUUUAUCUUGCAUCACUGUGUAACUGUGAGCCAAAUGUAUUGAAGUUCUAGAUUCAUUUCUAGAUUAUACUAGCCGAAAGUUUUUCUUAAAAGUAUUGUACACAGUUACCAAGGAAUAGUUAUAAUAGGUUGACAUCAUACACAGUCAAUAUACUGAUUCUUUAACUGGAAUACUCAUUAAAAAGAAAUUAUUGCUAGCAUUAGCAUCUUCUUCCCCAAAAGAUUUACUUGCCAACUUGUGUGGUUUCGGAAACAAAAGUGUUUAUUUGAGGGCUAAUAUAAUGAAUGCAUUUAUAAGAAAUGAAAAGGGUUUGAUUUGGUAGCAUUGAACAGAGUGGUCGUAUAUUAUAGUUACCUUGAACUAAUGCUACAUACAUAAAAAUUCUAAUCAGUUUUAAAGUGGGAAGCAACUAUCCAAAAACUGACUGAAGUGCACUUCUCUUGAAUGCAUGCUCUAAUUUCAUUACCACAUAACUGACUAAGAGAAGAAUUGUCUUGUGUCCUUUAAUGAAAUUUGAAUGAAAAACAUAUUUGAGCAUUCUGUACACUGGGCCAUUGUUCUAGAUCUAAGUAUGGACUUUGAUCAUUACAUUAGCGUUUUAAACCACCAACAUCCAUUGACCUUUGAGUGUCUCACUGUUUUUAGUGCUAAGGAUUUCCCAUGUAUAAUGUGAAUUUUCCUUCAAUAAGGACUGCUCAUGUUUGGAAAUCAGUUUAGAUGCUAUGUUUUUCAGUAACAAGAAUGAAUUAAAUUGUAGAAUUAUCACUUUUAAAAACCCCAGGCCUCUCUUUCUGUAAUGUCAAUAUUCAUCAAAUGUGAAGUGAGUAAAUUGAACUCUGUUCCUGUUUUACUUUUUCUAAGCUACUGUAAAUGGUAAUAUUACUUAUUACCACUUUUCAAACUAAAAUUACUCCUAUGCCAAAGUUUUGUUUCAGCUUGCUUUGUAUUUACAUUGGGUUUUUGUGUGGCAGUUUGCUAUUCAAGUUUGAGAAUAAAUAUCACACUGUGACAGCAUCAUACUUUUGACAAGUGCCAUGUACUUUGUUCCUGUAGCAUUUCUAAACAAAGAUAUGAGAAAUGUCUGCAAUAUUCAGUGUAACGUUCCAUGUAAAGAUUAUACAAUGCUUGUAAUUUUAUAAAAUAUUUUUAUAUUGCUUUUUUAAAAAAAGUGCAGAUUUCAACUUUAAACAGAUUGGGUGUUUGCACAUUGUGAUGUUGUAAAUGACAAUCAAAAAGUAAACUGCUGGUUGCCUGUUGUGUAAAUUGAAGACAUGGGCUUACAGCACAAGCUUGCUCUACUGACAGCACCAAUUCUAGCCUCAUUCUAAAUGUCAAAACGUUAUCUAGGAACUCUCAUUAAUGACUUUAGUAGAUUAAGGUCUAAGUAUUCAGUCUGCCUUUACCUGAUCCUCCAAUGUAAUUUACUGCUUGUCUUGAAGUUUCUAUGACUUAACUAGUCAUUCAUAACACUAUUUUGUUCAUCAUAUUACUGACUCCUUUGUUAAGCAGGAUGUUGGAAAUCUGAAGAAGCAAACCUAUGUACCCUUACAUAGAGACAAUUAAAUCUUUUGGAUAAGGUCAGAAAGUCCUAAAACAAAGUUUUGUCUCAUGACUAAAAGAUGAUUGUUGAAACAAGUGGCUAUAAAUACAGUUUGAACAUUAACUGGAUGGCAGAGCAGCUUUACUUUAAUGGCCAUAAUUUAUAGCCUAGUAGCAUGGGAUGUGACCCACUAAAUUAAAUUAAUAAUAGGUGGUUGAAAAGAUGAUCGUAUUUGAUCAAUUCUCUCUUUUAACAAGAGGUCUUUUAGCUUCAAAGUUUUGACACUGCUAUUACAGCGCUGUCAGUGCAAAAAUUUCUGGAUUUUUGUUUUAUUUGUUACUGCAAUGUGGGAAUUGCUGGCUUGGCCAGCAUUUAUUGCUCAUUCCUAAUUCUUCUUGAUCUGAGUGGCUUGAUGAGGACGUUUCAGAGGCAACUACAUUGCUGUGUGUCUGGACCUGCAUGUAGGCCAGACCAGGAAAGGAAAGUUGUGUUUAUACAACAAUGAUUAUCGUCAGGCUAGCAUUUAAUUCCAUUUUUAAAAAUUGUUUCAUCAUCUGCCAUGUCAGAAUGCAAAUUUAUCUUGAGCAUUAGCGUGGGGCUCUGGAUUACUAGUCUAGUGACAUUAAAGCUACACAACAGUCUCUUCAAUUUCAUUCUUAUUUUUGCUAGAUUGGUUAAAGUGCCCACUGAUGAGUGUGAUAAACUCUGCCUUCACAGAAACAAUAAUGUGCAUAAGGACAUUCGGUCUAUUGCGCCUGCCUUGAAAAUUCUUUCCCUUGUUCCAAAGUUUGUUUACAUUUCACUGCAUUACUUGUAUAGCUUUAAAUUUAAACACUUUUAUUAUAACUCUAAACAGAAAUAGAGCGAUGUAAUUUAUUUGUAAGUCUGAUAGUUUGCAAUUGAUUGCUGGAGAAAAGGGAACAGUUGUUUUAGUUCUAUAUUGUGUUGUAAUUUGCCUUUAUAUUUAAUCUCACCAUGCUUAAGAGUAACAGAAUGGUUAUUGCACAAUGACAGACCAUUCAGUCUGUAUUCGAAGAGUUAGUCCCACACCCCUGCCUGUUCCUGGUAGCGGUCCUAAAUGUUUUUCAAGAUAAUUAACCAAUUCCUUUUAGAAAGCCACAACUGAAUUUCUCAUACACUAGCAUUCCAGAUACCAUCAUUUACUACAAAUGAACAUUUUCUCUUAUGUUGCUGUUGAUUUAUUUUGCCAAUCACCUUGUGGCUUGUGUCUUCUGAUUUCAGUCCUUCUAUUGGGAACAUUCUUCCUUGUCUACAGUAACUAUACCCCUCAUGAUUUGGAGCACCACUGUCAAAGUUCCUCCCUUUUUCUGCGAAAAACAAAUGUCGCCCUGCAGAGAUCUCCAGUAAAGGCUCAGCCAUUCUCCUCACAAGCAUUUACAACAGCAAACUACCUGUCCCCUUUCCCCCUAGCUAAGAUAGGGUAUGGAAAUACGAUUUCUCACUUGCAAAUCAGUUUUUGUUAAAGAAUCUAGUGUUUCAGUCAAAAUUACAAGUGUAAUCACAAAAUGUAAAUAAAAGGAAAAGCUACAAGCACCAAAAUGAUGGAAGAUUCACCACAUUUGCAAUAAGACAAGACUUGGUUAAAGUUUAGGCUAAACAGCAUUUGUCAGCACUGGAUGUACUUUUUCUUAAAUAUUGAUGGAUUGCUCGAUAGAUCCAGUAUAUUACUUUACUUCAGAUUUCUGUCAUUUGCAUCUUUUCCCCCCUAUUAUGUGAAGCUGUGGCCUCACUGUACUUUGAUGUGUAAAAAUUAAUAAAAAUAUCUUAACAAUGAUUCAUGUUUGCUUACUUUAGCACUCUAAAAUAAUACAUUGCAGGACAAAAUUGAGGAAUAAAAAUUUUCUAAACUAAAGACAGCUCUUUAUGUUUUUCAGAUGGUAUGUAAUGAUUUGCUUAAAAAAAGAAGUAAUCUUAAUAUCAUCUUAUUAACAUCACAGUCAAAUGAACCAAACUUCAUCAUUGUUAUUGCAGAUAAAGACUUGGAAUCAUUUAUUGCCUUUCACAACUUCAGGACUUCUCAAAGUACUUCCUUCUGAGACAAUGAGGGUUUGGGUUAAGUAGAUUUAAAGGGCACUGUUUUUUUCAUGAAAAUGUGGGAACCUGUUUUUAUUUGGAAGGAAAGAAAUCAAACUGAAGAAGGGUCUAGGCCCAAAACGUCAGCUUUUGUGCUCCUAAGAUGCUGCUUGGCCUGCUGCGUUCAUCCAGCUCCACACAUUGUUAUUUCAUUUUUUAAUCCCCACGUUACACACUAAAUAAUAUAAUCUGGCCUAUUAGCCCCUCCGUGUAAUUGACAAUAACCUGCUGUUGUACCAGUAUCAAAAUAAUGCUGGGAAACUACACUCACACCUUCUUAGUCCAUCACAAUUUCUGAUGGAAGGUCCCGACCUGAAAUUCAGCUUUCUUGCUCCUCUGAUGCUGCCUGGCCUGCUGUGUUCCUCCAGCUCCACACUAUGUCAUCUCUGACUCCAAAAUCGGCAAUUCUUACUAUCUCCAUUCAGAAAUCUGUACUUGUUUUAAAAUAUGCUGUGAAUAGUGAUUACAGUCCUGUAACGUCAAAUACACUUCAAUAAUUAAUCUGUGGAAAUUAAUGCAUUUUAACAGCAACCUGAAUAUUGAAUCUGACAAAGCUUUAGACAUACAAUUGAUUUAUAGCAUUAAACAGUAUAAUUAUAGAACAUCUUGUUCAAAGUGAUAACCAAAUCAUUGAAAUUCAAGAAUUAUACAUCAAUGAUAAAAUCUCACAGUACCAAUUAGCAAAGUUUGAUGGACGAAAACAAAUGCGAGAAACAAUAAUUAGAACAAAAGCAACAUCUUUGAAUGUGUUUGUCUGGGGGAUAAAAAAGGAGGAAUACAUCAUGUUUUAUGGAGUACAAAGAAUGCUAUUCAAAUAGUGAGAGAAAGAAUGAGAAUAUCUCAACAAGCUGAUUCAUGAUGAUAAGUUGAUGUACUUGAAAAAUAAGUCUCAGCAGGAUUAAAAAUAAAUCUGAUCCAGUGGAAAUUGCUUCUGCUUUAUCAGUUUUGGACAUUUAGUUUAAGUAGAUUUGACUCAAAACAUUUUGGCUUGAAAACAAGAACAAAAUUGCAGGCAUUUUGAAGAGUACUGAAGCCAUUAUAAAGACCUUUUUUAUUUUUGUACUUUUUAAAAUUGUUUGAAAACCAGUAUUUCAAAUGAUUGCUACACAUUUUGAAAGGACUGACACUUAGACGAGCAUUGUGUAAAUAGCUGUUUGACUAAGUAGUAAUUGAAGUGUUGUGGACAAACAGGAGCAAGAUGUACAGAUGCAGGUGGGUGGCAAUAGGAAAUUGAUUGUUCUAUGGACGAGUGACCAAUUGUUGAUGACAAAAACCUUUGGCCUGACCACAACUUUGUGUUUGGCUUUCAGGUAACAACAGCUUGGAAUUGGAACAAGAUAGGGGGAGGUGUUUUGAUAUCCACUAGCACAAGAGUUGUCUACCUAUUCUCUCAUAAACCAGCUUUAAAUCUGAAAAGAAAAUUCACCUUUCCUUCAGCAAUUGUUGUAAGCUAUGGUGUUUAACAGAUACAUUAGAAACCGUAUAUAAGUGAACCUCAUAUUGUUUGAAAACUAGUGCAAGUAUCUGAA